GUAGCGGACCUUGCCUCCGUCGCACAAGUGAAGGAAUUUUCGAAGCGCCUGGUGAGUUCCCACCCGCGGAAUGUGUGUGUGCCCCGGACCGAAAAAACACACUCCGUCGAGUGUCUGGGAACUGAAAAGUGUAACUUCCUAGUUCAUUACCAAAAAGGAAAUGCAAAGGGAAAACCUCGGUUCAUUGGAAUUCCAACAUCUGAACAACAAGAAGGUUUUUAAGUGAAAGUGCGUCGGAAUCUAUAAAUACCACCUGGGUAACUAGACCAAGUCACGUCAGCCCCAUUAUUUUGCACCUCCUGUGGCCAAGUGCAUGUCGGCUGCUCAGGGGUCUCGUUCGCCUUGCUCUGGUCUAGUUUUUUGGCCCACCUCGGAGGUGUAGCAGUGUAGGAGGUGACUGCAAGCAAGCCUUGGUUAGCUGAAAAUUAUUGUAUUGUAAUUUCAGUAUACGCAGCACGCCGACCACUGCGCAUGCCACAAAGCCCGGACCCCAACUCGCACCCCCGCCAAUCGAGGCCAGCAGAACGCAGAAAAGCUGGGGGAGGAAAAGUCGGAGGAACAGCAGGUGACACCUGCAGCAGCAACACCUGCCCCAAGGAGCCCAAGGAUCCCACGUUCUAGAAGGCAGGGAAAACAGAGAUCCUAAGGAACCUCAAUCACUCAAUCAGGAGAGUCAAGAAAACCACAAGGAGUCUAAAGGAUCCUGUGAAUCUAAGGUAGAAAAGAUUCAGAGACAACCCAAGGGAAUUAAGAUCUCAAAGGAACUGCUGGAAUUUAACGCAUAAAGUGAACUUAGAGUAUAAUCUAGAAACCCCAAGAAAUCUAUAGAGCCCAAAGAAGUGCAAGAGGAAAGUAAAGUUCCUUGCGUUGUAUAUUAAAGGAAUUUGAGAUUUGAAAAGAAUCUAAGGAAUUGGAAGUACCAGGAGAGUUCGGAUAUUUAAGAUACCUGAGGAGAUUCUAGGUUUCAAAGCAACUCAAGAGCAUAGAAAAUGGCGGCGGUGGUCCACGGUUGCAGCAGCCCGCGCCAGCGGUCCUGCAACGGCAGCAGCUCCCCGGGUGGCCACCACGGCUCCACGCCCUCCUUCGCCUACCCGACGAUGCCCAAGUACUCGCGGACGGUCAGCCAGACGCUGUACGCCACCACGCAGCAGUUCUUCGCCGGAGGGAUGCCGGACUCCGGCUACAACUACGGGAUGUCCGCCGCAGCCGCUGCCUCCAACCAGCGACCACUCUCCGCUUCCGCGCUGCCGGAGACGGCGGCGGCCAGCCGCAACUACUGGGGCCACCACAACGCGUUCUACCACACGGGCGGGCGGCACUACAGCAAGCGCAAGUCCGCCGUGGAGCUGCUAGCGGAGUCCAAGCCCUUCUACAUCAAGUCGGACGCGGUCUUCGAGCGGCUGCAGCAGGCGAGCUACCGCAACGGAGCGGGCAACAACGGGGUGAGCGGCGGGAAGCGGGGACGCAGGCCGGAGGAGGCCCACGGCCACCACUACGACAUGGAGGACAGGCGGUACAUGAGCCUCAAUCUGAGUCGCCAGCAGCAGGUGCAACAGCAGGUGCAGCAGCAGCAGCAGCAGCAACAGCAGCAGCAGCAGUACCUCCACAACCACCAUCCCCACCCUCACCCACACCACCCCCACUCCCGCCACGCCCAGGGCCAAGGUCAAGGUCGAGCGGGGGGAGCCGCUGUUAAUAACAACCUCCUGCAGCACAAGCUGCGCAUGCUGCUCGGAUCGGAGGCGGGAAAGGAGCGCAACGGCGGCACCUUGAGGCGCCACGAGAUGAGCGACGGCAGCGCGGAGCUCCUGCCCACGGACUACGGCGAGGAGGAGGUCGGCGGCCAGGUCGGCGGCGCCCUGCGCAUCCCCCCGCCCCUCUACAUGCCCGCCCACGGCUUCGGGCGGGACGGCGAGGAGCCGCUGGUGCUCACCGAGAACUACCGCCCCAUCAGCCCGCCCGCCGAGUACGCGGCCAAGUCGGGCCAACCGCACAACGAUCGCUACAGGUACAACUACCAGCGUUCGUACUCGCACUCGCACGAGGUGCCCAACUCGGGCGAGGACCGCAGUGCUCCCUAUCCCUCCGGGGACUUCAACAUCAACAGCCACAAGUCGCUGCCGGACUUGCACACCCAGAUCAGCCGCCACUCGCCGCACAGCGAGAUCCUGAGCUGCUGCAGCCGGGGCAACCGCUCGAUCAAAUCCGCCGGAGAGUCCUCGAUCAACCGGGACUCCGGCGGGAGCUCGGGCCACUACACCCAUCGCAGCGAGCCCUGCUACAAGAGGGAGCGGCAGCGGGACGUGGCGGGCAGCGCGGCUCCUGCGAGCGGGACGAUCAAGAACUGCUGCACCCUGGUGGCGGCCACCCGGCGGGACAGCGGCUCCUCCACGCAGCACAGCGCCAACUCCUACUGCGGCUACGUCACCCCGGCCGGGGACUACUCCGGGAUGAGCGGCCGGAACACGGAGUGCCUGGACUGCCGCUGCAAGCAGGACACCGCGGGCAUGGGCUCUGACUACCUGCUCAACUUCACGCCCACGCCGGAGGUGCCGGAGGCCUUCCAGGACGACUACACCCCGACUCCGCCGUCACCGCGGCUCAAGACCCAGACGCCCCGCUACUCGAGCUCCUCCAGCCAGCAGCUGCACACCAGCUCCCAGGGCUACACGAGCAUCAAUCACUCGCAGAGCUCUUUAGUCCAGAGUCCCGGCUCGGCGCCCUCCGUGGACGACAUCAGUCCGCCGCCCAUUCAGUUCAAGAGGCAGCGGUGCAUCCGCUUCAAGAACCGCAAUCGGUUGCCAGUUCAAGGAGAAAUGGGAGUGCCACCAGGAUCGGGAGGCGGCCUCGUUCCCGGAGGAUCGGGGGGAAUGGGCCCGGCUGGAGGGGUCUUGGCCGCCUACAAGCAGCACCGCGGCAGCGUGGACCACGAGAACGUGUUCUUCCCCAAAGGUUUCUCCUCGGAGGUCUACCACAACAGCCUGGACAUGGAGCGGGAGGCGCUGAACGCCAGCAUCUCGGAGCUGGAGAAGUUCUUCGACCGCCUGGGACUGAACGACGAGGCCUUCCACGAGAUCUACAGCCAGCCGCGGAGGCACCACUCGGAAACGGACGACGCCUCCGAUGAUUCGAGCACCGUCUUCUUCUCGGACGUGAGCACCGUGGACUCGAUGCGACUGCCGGACAGCACGGAGACCCAGCCGCAGACCACCCAGGCCUACAGACCCUCGGAGCCGCCCUCGAUCGUCGAGCGGAACGCCAGGAUCAUCAAGUGGCUGUGCAACUGCAAGAAGAUGCAGUGCACCUGAGAAUCGCCGGCUCAGUGCAGCUGCGGACUCGGACUUGGGUUCGGGCGCUAGUCGCUCCACUGGCUCAUUGAUUCUACUCGACCACCCCGAUUAACUAACUCUACCAAGGAUUAUUGCAAAACAAACACUGAUCACUGAUGGGAGGGUGGACUUUUUGGGGUUUUGAAAUCCGCAUAAGGACGGAAAGUUAUUUGGGGAACCCUAAAAAGAAUGUGAACCCUAACAUUUUUCAGGUAAAGUAGUUUGUCAGAAAUUACUUUUUGUCCUCAUGCUAAUUUCACCUCAAAAUAUCACCCUCCUGUCCACAAAAACACUGCUCAAAAAGUCAAGUUAAGUCAGUUGACAGUUUCGAACAUGAUUAGCAUGGUUAGAAUCACCUACCUGUACAAUGGAACUAGGAAUUACGAGAUGGAAUCUCGAUUCGAUUCGAUUCGAUUAUGGAUGUGCGUUAUUCCUCCUUUGAAGCGCUCGUUCUCGCGCAACUCAAUUACACCAUUGAUAUUUGUAUUGCCAACGGUAAUGAUAUUGUCUUACGUAUACUAAUCAAAUAGCAAGCGAUCGUUCAUAUUACUCUUAUACACAGCGGUAUUAUUAGAUGAAUUAUUGUACAAUUAGUUCUCGUAACUUAUAUAUAUAUAUAUACAUAUACGACUAGUUGCCAAAACCGGAAACAAAAACAGUACACAAAACCACUAAAAGUCACAAAUUGAAAUUGAAAUGAACCUACCUAUUUAUGUAAUUGUACAUGGUUUGCAUGGCGAAUAAAUAAAUAUUUAUGAUUAUCAAA